AUGUCGAGAGACAGAUUUCAUUUGAUUCUUAGUGUACUUCAUUUUGCCAACAACACAACGGAUACUGGUAAUCAACUUUUCAAAGAAAGACCCCUUUGUUCAGAGGUUCCCAAACUGAAAAAUGUGCACGACGUGAAUGCGAAACUAGUACAAGUGUUCGUUCUGAGCAGAGUACUUCAUACAGAAGUACGCUGGCUCUCAAAAGGAAAUAUGCUAGGAAGAUUAUUUGAACUUCGAGACGAAGUGAUGCAGUUUUUGGAAAAUGACAAACAAACUGAAUUGUAUGUGGAAUUUAGAAAGUCCGGUGUUCAUGUUGCAUCGGCAUAUCUGUCAGAUAUUUUCGAAUCUUUAAACACAUUGAAUUUGAAAUUACAAGGUGGAGAGUCAAACAUAAUUUUUCAUCGAGAUGCCAUCAAAGAUACUGAUACUAAGAGUAAAAUAUCAAACCAUUUGCAGCACCUCACUGAUGAAUUCGAACGAUACUUCCCUAACAGUUGUGAUGAUAAAAUUUAUUACAGGUUAGCGACGGAUCCAUUUCACGUUGACGUGGAUGUGUUGAAAGACAGACUACAAGAGGAAGUCUUAGAAAUUAAAAACGAUUCUGCAGUGAAGGAUGACUUUGAGAAGAUGGAUAAGCCUUUAUUUUGGCCAAGAAUUCAAAAUCUUGUAAAAAAAUAUGCAAGCUCAUCCUUCACAUUGAUUAAUUUGUUUGUUUCUUGCCACGUGUGUGGAAAUAAUAUUUUUAUAAUAAAUACGUCACAUUAUAAGAUAACUUGUUAUUUUCCUCGUAACUAA